AGCAAAACUGAUUUUUUUCUCUAAAUCAUGCCUGCAGAGAGCUAAUUAUCUUUAUGAGUGUACAAUUAUCAUGUGCCAAGCAGGUUGAGUUGGGGAGAUCUUGAAACCCACUCCAACUCUCCCCAAAUACCUGAUCCACUUCCAGAUUUACAUGGGGAGAGAAGAGUCUUCAGGGGGGAGUAAGUGAAAAUUUACCAAAAUAAUAAUUAUUGUAAUCAAGUCAAGACCAAGAAUAAGGGUCUUACCAUGGGGAAAAAAGAUAAGAAGAAAGUGAAAGGAAGAGGAGCUCAAAAAACCAGCUCCAAAACUGAGAAGAAACUUUCACAAAAACAGAAGAGAGAAAUGGCUGCAAGGGGAGAGGAAGACAUUGAGACAAUACUCCAAAAGAUCAUGGAGGAAGAAAAGAAGAAGACCAAGGUCAUUGUAAAGACUGUGGGUCAACCAAGCAUUCGUUCAAACUUCUCACUGUGUGCUCAUCCAGAAAAAGAUAUGUUCAUCCUAUUUGGAGGUGAAUUCUUCAAUGCUGGCAAGACAUAUGUCUACAAUGACUUGUACUUCUACAACCUCAAGAAGAAUGAGUGGGUGCAAAUUGAGUCUCCAAAUUCUCCUCCUCCUCGUUGUGCUCACCAGGCCUGUACAGUUGCACAAGAUGGAGGCCAAAUGUGGCUUUUUGGGGGAGAGUUUACAUCAGUUUCUGAAACUCAGUUCUACCAUUACAAGGACUUGUGGAUAUUGGAUCUCAAGGCAACAGUCUGGAAGAAAAUUCAUGCUCCAGGAGCACCCUCUUCUCGUAGUGGACAUCGUAUGGUACACCUGAAGAAACUCCUUGUUGUAUUUGGUGGUUUCCAUGACAAGUUAUCUGAUUACAAGUACUUCAAUGAUGUUCACAUCUUCAACUUGGAAACGUACCAGUGGCACAAAGUCGAGCCAUCAGGUACUGGGCCAAGUCCAAGAUCCGGUCAUCAAAUGUGUGCCUUGCCUGAUGGUCGUAUCCUCAUCUAUGGAGGUUAUUCCAAAGUCAAGCUCAAGAAAGAUUUGGACUCAGGAGUCACUCACACUGACAUGUUCCUCCUCAUCCCUGACAAGCAUGAUGAAAAGAUGCUGAAGUGGAGAUGGUGUUCACUGAAGAGUGGUGGGAUACCACCCUCACCACGAUGUGGUUUCACCAUGACUAUUGCACCUGGUCCUCAGUCUCAUGUUUGGCUCUUUGGUGGUGUCAGUGAUGAAGAAAGCCCUGAUCAUGAAGAACUUAGUAGCUGCUUUCACAAUGACCUGUAUUCCUUGGAUAUCAAUGCACAUACAUGGAAACCAAUCUCUGUCACAAAGGGAAAGGUUGGUAGCAAAAGGAAGAGGAGGAGACGAAAGCAGCCAAAGGAUGGUAGUGACACUGGUGAAGACAUGGAGGUGGAAGAUGGUGGUGAUAGUGAUGAUGGGGAAGAGAUGGAGACUGUGCAUGAGACGGAGGAUGGAUUUACGGUGAGGAUAGGUCCCAGCAAGGAUAAGGAAGGUUCAGUGGAGGAGGUAGUGGCCAACCUGAAUCUUGGUGAGAAUGGAGCUUCAUCGAGGGAUGUCAUUAGGCCCUGUCCCCGCAUGAAUCCAGGGAUGUUCAUCAAGCAUGGCAUCUUAUAUCUGUAUGGUGGCUUUUAUGAAGAUGAGAAGGAUAGGCGAAUAACACUUGGGGAUCUCUAUACCCUUGGUGAGUCUGCCAGAUGUCAGUCUGCCAACCCACCUGUUGUUCUUUAUUCUUGA